UCUCAAGGGGCCUGUGUUUCAUGGUCAUCUCAGGCAGGGGGCUGCAAAGUUCAUUAAAUGAGGCUGAUCUUAUCUCUCUACUAGUUCUGUUCAAAAUAGCCUUGAUACGAUGAAGGAUUUAUGUUACCCCCACUUCAAAUAAAAAGUACUGAGGGAUGGAUUUCAUUGCUGCCCUGUCACACUGUAGAAGCCAGGGCUGCAGUUGCAAUAUUCAUCACUGGUUUGUGUCACACAGAGGAUUUAUUGCAGGAAGAAUCCAUCUCCAAGAAAAUGAAUAGUCAAUAUGUGCGCUUUGAAGUGUUUGGAUGUGAAACUGAGGAACUAACAGAUUUCUGGGAAAAGACAAUUGAAAAACAAACUAAGCAUCUGCAAAUUGAAAAAGAACGUCAACAGAGAAGUGCUCUGCCAAAACUCAGAACUGAAUGGAAGGAGAGGCUGGAAAAAAGGAUACAGAUGAUGAAGACUCAAAAUGAAGAGCCGGCUAGUUGAAGGCUUCUUACACAUUUGGGAAAAGAAGGAAAAAUGUUUUGCAGAAGAAAACCGUAGUGUACCCAAUUUAUUUUUAUUUACAAGCUUUGAUGAGAUUUAUUUUACAGCACCAUCAUCAUGUAGGGAGUUCAUAUGUGAAACCUUGACUACUGCUGAUGAGACCUAUUCUCUAUGUGAACCCCUCAUUCAGUGAGGAGAGAAUAAAUGUGUAUGGAUCCUAAAUUGUGGUUCCCUGAUGCAGACAACUGCCUGGAAAAGGAAUUUAGUAUCAUUUUAACUAAAUGCUCAUUGAAAUAGUCUUCUGUAUAUUUUACUAAAUACGCCUUAGGUUUCUAUACAUACUGAUAUUAUA